GGAGCGACCCUUCCAAGUAUAAAAGGGGUGUGCUAUCCGCUCACGAAGGUGACUGACCCAAAGCCAUCAUCCCAACAAAAGCUGUCUUCUUCGUUUGCCAAUCACACUUCUCGCACAAUUCCACCUGCCACCCAACAUGCCCAUCAUUACAAUUGCUGAGAUCAUUGAGGUCAUGACCGUCGGCGGUAUCUUCGCAGGCACUAUCACGGAAUGGUGCAAAGAUCACCCUGGACCCGGCUGUGUCAACAAGCACCACCUCCUCAACAACCUUAGCGACGUCGGCCCUUGCAAUGUCCCCAUGUACAACUUUGACAUCUGCAACACCCAGCUCCACGAUCAGGCCAACAACGGAAACAAAGUCUGGACUUCGGUUCCCUUCCCUGGUGUGGCUAGGUUUGAAAAUGUUCCACCCGCGUGCAUGAACCUUGCCGUGGCCUUGACCGGCGCCUGCACGGCGGAUGGUCCUCGCCCGACCCCUUGCGGCUCGGCCUGCAUGGAGUACACCGGCCUCUCGGACGACCAGAUGCGCCAGCUCUCUAGCUACCUCAACUGAGGUGGCCAUUUCGACGGAAAGCACAUUGGAAAGUGUCUGAUGUCCAUGAGAAUGGGGCUUUCCAGAGUGAAUGUACAAUAUUUGUAUGGCUAUCAUCGGGCCUGGUCUUUUGGAGGCUCAAACGACCAACUCUGCUCUUCUUUCUCACUUUAUGUAUUAUGAUCGAUUGUGGAACAAUCUCCGCUUCCCAUCACUUGAGAUGUGUACCUACCUACAUAUAUCAUAGCGUAUGACAAACCAUCUCACUCACUCAAG